CUCUUCCUUUCUUCCAUCUCCAUCCUCAUCCUUUUUCACCACACACAGACAUUCAGUCUCUCAAAACCCUCAAAAUUUCCAAAUCUCCAUUUUCGUUUCACUUCCUUCAAUCAUGCUCCUUCGUGCUCCUUCAGCCGCUCUCUCCGUCGCUAAUUCUCUCCCGGAGAAUUUGAGUCCUCUGUUUUCUUCUUCUUCCUCUUCGUCUCUGACUCUCAGGCUUUCUCCGGCCAGAAAUGGUGGCAGUUUGGUUGUUUCAGCCUCCAAGGGCUCGAACACUCGGCCGUUAACCGGGGUGGUUUUUGAACCCUUUGAGGAGGUCAAGAAGGAGCUCAGUCUUAUUCCCACUGCCCCUCAAGUCUCGCUUGCUCGUCAGAAGUAUACCGAUGCCUGUGAGGCUGCGAUCAAUGAGCAAAUUAAUGUUGAAUACAAUGUGUCAUAUGUAUAUCAUUCCAUGUUUGCCUACUUUGACCGAGACAAUGUAGCACUCAAGGGUUUGGCCAAGUUUUUCAAGGAAUCAAGUGAAGAAGAAAGGGAUCACGCUGAGAAAUUGAUGGAAUAUCAGAACAAACGAGGUGGACGAGUGACGCUGGAGUCUAUGAUUAAGCCCUUGUGUGAGUAUGACAAUGAGCAAAAAGGAGAUGCCUUAUAUGCAAUGGAGCUCGCUUUGUCCCUCGAGAAGCUAACAAAUGAAAAGUUACUCCACUUACACAAGGUGGCUGAAGAUAAUCAUGAUGUGCAGCUAACUGAGUUUAUCGAAAGCGAAUUUUUGGGAGAACAGGUAGAAGCAAUCAAGAAAAUCUCAGAGUAUGUUGCUCAGCUGAGGAGAGUAGGCAAGGGACACGGAGUUUGGCACUUUGAUCAGAUGUUGCUUCAUGAGGGAGCAUAAACAACGGGUGUUUGCUGCAUAGAGUAGAGUUUAAUGAAAGCUGAAAAUAAAAUGGUUCAGUUCUGUGCUGUGCUUUGGAUAUGGUUGUUUGUGUUUAGUUUAGUUGUAAUGGGGAGAUUAUUAGAGGGCAGAUGAUGAUUUGUGUUAGAAUUUUCUCUUGUUAACCAUGUUAAUGUUUGUUGUGCUUUGGUUCAAAGGGUUUGUUUUGGUGUUGUAAUUCAAGAUUCACUUGUUUUUUAAUUCUAAUCUAGAGUUUAUCCUAAAUCCUAGCCA